AUACCAUGGCUACAGGCAGACUACACUUUCUCUUAGUCUUCCUAACGCAACAGCUUCUCCUGACACAUGGAGCCAAAAUUCUGACCAUAUGCUUAGUAGGUGGAAGUCACUAUCUCCUGAUGGAUGAAAUUUCACGCGUUUUGCAUACUAAUGGCCAUGACGUGAGGAUGUUUCUUCAGGUUGGAGAAGGCAUGAUGCCAGGCUACAAGCUGAAAGCAAGCCCGUAUCCAGUCAUCACAUGGCCUAUGGAUGAGAAUUACCUUAAAGAAUUUAAUGGAUUUAUCAAAGAACAUCAACGUGAAUUCUUCAUGGGAAGAAGUGGCCUCCACUCUUACUUCGAAUUUCUCAAACAGAUAUCGCAUCAGUGCAAGCACACACUGAACCAGAAGGCUAUCCUUAAAUCUCUGAAGGAUGACAAAUAUGACAUUGCCAUUAUAGAUGCUUUCAAUCCUUGCACGUUUCUGAUCUCAGAGAAGUUAGGAUUACGAUAUAUCGCUUUCUUCCCUGGUACCUUUGCUAACGCCAUAGAGGUUGGAUUGCCCACUCCUCUCUCCUACGUUCCCAUAUAUCAGUCACAGCUCUCUGACCGCAUGGACUUUUUUCAGCGUGUAAAGAACACCUUCAUGUAUUUCGCUUCACGCAUGGUGGAUUUAAAAGUUCAAGCGAUAUUUGAGGAAGUCAUUACCGAACACUUUGCUGUUGAGUCCAGACCAGCCAUUUCUGACCUCUACCUGAAACCUGAGCUUUGGUUUUACAACACAGAUUUUACCUUUGACUUCGCACGUCCUCUUCUGCCUCACAUUCAGUGUAUUGGAGGCUUAAUGGCAAAGCCAGCAAAGCCUGUUUCACAAGAAUUAGAAGACUUUAUAUCGCAGUCGGGAGAAUCUGGAUUUAUUGUAGUGUCUCUGGGAUCGAUGGUAGCGUCUUGCCCUCAGAAGGAGCUAUUGAAGGAGAUGAAUGGUGCCUUUGCCAAAGUUCCUCAGAAAGUUAUUUGGAGAUAUCACAGGUCACAAUGGCCGACAGACGUGGAAUUACCUCCAAAUGUUAAACUCAUGGACUGGAUCUCUCAGAAUGAUCUUCUAGGCCACCCCAAAGCACGUCUUUUGGUGACACAUGGAGGGAUGAAUAGUUUGAUGGAAGCGAUAUAUCAUGGGGUCCCCGUUGUGGGGAUUCCUCUUUUCGGAGAUCAGUUUGAUAAUUUGGUUCGAAUUAAAGCCAAGCACAUAGGGACCUCUAUCCCACCUGACCAGAUUACGGCUGAUCAUUUUGCAAACAUUAUUAGACAAAUAACAGAAGACGUAAGCUAUAAGUCUGAGGCGAUGAAGCUAAGUGCCAUUCGGAAGUCCCGUCCGUUUCCCCCGGACCAGCAGUUAGUCCGAUGGGUAGAGCACAUUAUCCGGUCUGGAGGAGGCCGCCAUCUUCACCCCUAUGCGUUCCAACAGCCCUGGUAUCAGCAGUACCUGCUGGAUGUCAUCCUAUUCAUUACCAUUUGCCUUAUUCUCGUUAUUUACCUUAUUGUAAAAAUACUCACAUUUUUAGCUAAAAAGCUAUGUUCUAGGCAAAAACAGAAACAAACCUAGCAUUAUUUUAAUUAUGUUAAAUAUUUAAUUCUCCAGUUUAAGGCCAUCUACUGUGAAAUCAUG